AUGCACCUACCGCACGCGAGCCCACCUGCCCUAAGCAUGGCUGAUGUAUACUCGCACAUUCACGAGUACUACAGGCAGAGCCACGGCGAGCUGGUGCAGACCGGAUCGCCGGCUGUUCUGUGUUCCGCGUUACCUGGACAUUGGCGCUCGAAUAAAUCGCUGCCGGUUGCGUUCAAAGUGGUCGCUUUGGACGACGUCCAGGACGGCACGCUGGUGACCAUCAAGGCUGGGAACGACGAGAAUGUGAUGGCCGAGCUGAGGAACUGCACGGCGGUGAUGAAGAACCAAGUCGCGAAGUUCAACGACUUGAGGUUCGUCGGCCGCAGCGGACGCGGCAAGUCAUUCACGCUGACCAUUACCAUCAGUUCGUUCCCAAGCCAAGUAGCUACAUACUGCAAGGCAAUAAAAGUCACCGUCGACGGUCCGAGAGAACCAAGAACUAAACAAAAUUACGGAUACGGUCAUCCCGGUGCCUUCAAUCCGUUCCUGCUGAACGCUGGAUGGUUUGACGCUGCGUACCUCAACUACGCGUGGGCGGAUUAUUUCAGACCGCCGAUGAGAGAGCCUGCCGCCACACUCGUUAAAGGUGCCGCCCCAAUGGCCACGCCACCCGUGGCCUUGCCAGGUUCGGAACUGUUUCCAUUCCCACCGGCGAUGACCAGUUUGCCACCUGGCGGUCUAUUACCACCACCUGGUGCAUUCCUGCCGCCAAACGGACUUCUGCCGUUCGCGCCGCAUCCGGCAGACUUGGCGCUGAAAUCGUUACCCCCCGAGCUGACCCUCAAAAACGGCGUCAAUCCUUACGAAGCUCUGAGACAGUUGCAGAGCAACGUAUCGUCUAUGGACACGUCCAGCGCCCGCUUGUCCCCAACAAGCAGUAGACAGAGCGGGAGCCCAAGAAGUAUUGUGAACGCUAGUCCCAGAUCGAAAGCGGAUUCGAAGUCAGAGGUCAACUCAACCCACGAGGCGACAAUAUCGGAUGAAUCCGACGAAGAGCCAAUCGAGGUGGUGAAGUCCGCUUUCCACCCAACCAGACCGGCUAACGUGGAGCUGCAGGAAAUGAAACAGGUACAGGCAGCCGAUUCCACGGUCUCCGACCGACCAAGGCUACGCAACGAUCUUAAGGCACCUUCAUCAAGGGUGACAAGAGUUCUUUCUACCAGUCCCAAAUCUACGAAAAUCACCAAUGGAACAAUACCGACCCAUAAAUCAGUUUGGCGACCUUAU